AUGGCGAAGCCUAUCAAUGAAAGAAAAAAAAGUUGCGGUCGCAAGAAGAUAGAAAUCAAGAAGAUUGAUAACAAAGCGAAUCGACAGGUUACGUUCUCGAAACGUCGAACCGGGCUGUUCACCAAAGCAAGUGAGUUAUGUGUUUUAUGUGGUGCAGAAAUCGCACUGAUAGUUUUUUCUCCUGCAAGAAAAGCUUUCGUUUUUGGACAUCCAGACCCAAGGUACGUACUCAACAGGUUUUUAACCGGUCAGGAAGAUGGCGCUGUGACUCAGUUUUAUAACGAAAGACUGGUUCCGUACCAACAACAGGGCAUGGAAGCUGCUAAGCAGUCGGAUUUUGAGAAAAAGAAAGGCAUUGCGGUGGAGAAGUUGCGAAAUCUUAAUGCGGAUGGGUUUUGGUGGGAUGCACCAAUGGAUGGUUUGAGUUUGAAGGAACUGGAACUGAUGAAAAGUGCUAUGGAGGAUUUGCAGGCAGCUCUGCUUAAGAGACUUAAUGAGAUGAUGCUUAAUGAGAUGGCGAGUAAGGAAGAUUCUUCGUUGUCGUCCAUGCUUGUUCCGUACACAGGUGAGAAUGAUACAUUCGUCAAUUCUUCUGAUCAAGCAUCGACCACGGGUUUGGAUGCGGAUACGUUUGGUUUCAAUGAUGCAUUCCUCAAUACUAGUCAAACAUCACCCUCGAGUCCGGGAAAAUCAUACGAUAUAUCUGGACUUUUCAAGGAUUUUUAA